AACAUCGACACUUCCGGUCCACAUGUAAACGCCACAGCUAAAGCGUGAUUUACGCGUAGAUACAGAAAAACUGUGAUUCUCUGUUACCUGUAAUUUUUCAGCGUCUGCGUGUAAAUAUGAAGCUGCUCACACACAACAUGUUGACGUCUCACGUGAAGGGAGUCAUGAAAGGUUACCCGUUGCUCAUCAAGGCAACUGAGGUGAAGGUAAAUGAGGUAGAGUUCAACCCUCAGUUUGUCAGCCGGAUGAUUCCCAAACUGGAGUGGAGCGCUCUGGUCCAGGCUGCAGAGGAGCUGGGUCAUCGGCAAGACCUGCCAGGUGAGCUGGUGCCAGACUACGAGAACAACGAAGACUUCCUGAAGAAAGUGCACAGAGUGCUAUUAGAGGUGGAGGUGAUAGAGGGCUGUCUGCAGUGUCCCGAGUCAGGACGAGAAUUCCCAAUCUCCAAAGGAAUCCCCAACAUGCUGCUGAACGAAGAUGAGGUGUAAACACCAGCUUGACGGUUCUCGUUACGCAGCCUGACCCCAAACUGUCACUCAGAUGGGAUUGUGGGUAUUCAGAGAGGAGAGAGAGGCUGGACUCUGGUUUGAGUCGGUGCCAUGAGAAAAUAGGCCACACUGUUCAGUUGAUUGUAGUUACGACAUUUUAAGCGGCUGAUGCUGGCGAUGGAGGGAAGUGAUCUGAAGUGGAACGGAUGGAAAUGUUCCCCGAGCGUAACCCCCAGUGGUUUUAUCUGUAUUUAUUUUUGUAACUGUUCUGGCUCUUUCUUUUUUUUCCCCU